UUCAUGCAUAUCCCAUCAAAGUGCUGAGAUCUGAUACAACACACCGUCAGAGUGUGCGCAUGCAGGGGUGCGCUGGCUGAUACAACACCCUAUCCGGGCGGUGAAGGGGAGCGGGAGUUGCCGUGACUGUGGCACCCCCCAGAACAGCGCAGCGCACCGGGCACUCGAAGUCAGUAUCCCGGGGGUUUCUCCGCAGCGGGCCGUGGUGGUAAAGCACACGCACCACAAAGCUCGGCCUGUAGGUCCGGGGAAGUUUUCUGUGCAGGGAUGGCGCGGACGCCGGGCUGGUCUGUCUUUCUCCUGGCCUUCCUGUUGCUUCCGAGAGAUUCUCUCCAGGGCCGGCACCAACGAAAGCUGUUGGACAAACUCCUGAAGAAUUACAACAUCUUGGAGCGUCCGGUUCUAAACGACUCGGACGCUCUCACUGUCAAUCUAGGAGUUACCCUGCAACAGAUUAUAGACGUGGAUGAGAAAAAUCAGAUCCUGACAACAAACAUCUGGGUGAGAAUGAUAUGGACGGAUGAAUAUCUAUCAUGGAACGAGUCAGAGUUUGGUGGUUUGAAUCAGAUCCGGCUGGACCCUAAGAGAAUCUGGGUUCCAGACAUCCUCAUGUACAACAGAUUCUCUCCAGGGCCGGCACCAACGAAAGCUGUUGGACAAACUCCUGAAGAAUUACAACAUCUUGGAGCGUCCGGUAAAUACUUCGCCACGACGCUGUGCAUGGUAGCGGGGUCUGUGGUCCUGACUGUCCUGACCUUGAACUUCCACCACCGCUCACCAGAGACCAGCCGGAUGUCCCGCGCGACGAGGAAGGUGCUUCUGGAGUGGCUGCCCCGCCUGCUGUGCAUGCCGACCCGCCGGGAAGAGAAGUCAGAGGACGGCCGGGACCGGAGCCGGGACACUCUGAGAACUGACAACAUCAGCAUGAACUCCUUUAAGACGAUGGAAGAGCUGUCUUCUCACAACCUACUGGCGUCCAUGGAGCGUCGCGAGGUCGGGCACGACUUCCCGCUCCAGGCGGGGCACGACUUCCCUCCCGGCCUGAGUAACGACCUGUCCCCGCGGCUGCCCCGGACCUUCCCCGCCGCCCUGCCGGCCUCCGGCUUCAACAUCCCCGUCAGCUCCUCCGACGACUCCGCCUUGCACUGCAACCGCGCCGCCCCAAGGACGUCCGCCGAAGGCCAGCUCAUCCUGAAGGAGCUCCGCUACAUCACCAACCACUUCCGCGACAAGGCCGAGGACGACAAGAUGUCGAACGAGUGGAGAUACGCCGCCAUGACGGUGGACCGCCUGUGUCUGUGGAUCUUCGCCGUCUUCACGCUGGUGACGACCGGAACCAUCCUAAUGUCGGCGCCCCACAUCCUGCAGCAGGUCCGGGACUUCUUCGUGGGGCUGGCGGGGAAGGGAGCGGUCUGAGGCAGCAGGGCGGUACCGGCACUACGGAGUCCUGCACAGCUGCGGCCAGCUGCUUUCGUGUCCUAGUGAUGUUUGUUCGUGUCUGUUCUGAACGUCUCUUGACACCUGUGGAAUAUGAACGCGCCAUCCACACACCUGCUACACAGCCAAUCAGCGUCUUUCCAAAACACUAUCAUUCCAGAUCUAGAUGUGAUAUUCGAAUCGCGACUGCUGACUCGUCUUUGCUCAUGUCAGACUGCCAACCAAAGUAUCAUCGGAACUCGACGUGCCAUGUGAGAUGCACACACAGAGCCCUCUAACAUGACUUGUAAGAGCGAAUGAAAACAACAUAUAUGGAGAUAAAUUCUAUAGUAGGACAAAAGCGGAAAUUGUGUCCUGUGUCUGUACUGCUGUCUUCACGUGACGUUACCGUGUCCAUGUCACCGUCUCCAUGUGGCCCCCAAAAUGAAUAGAUACACAGGAACGCGAUAGUGCCAAAUAUGUGUGUAUUACCAAAAACAAGCAGAUUUAGUAAAGGACUUGUGUUGUGGAAACUGUGGAUAUGCUUUUAACUGUUGGUGAUCAUAAAAUACAACUAAUCGUGGAGAAAAAUGUACCGUCGUUCCACAGAGGACACAGUUCGCAAGUGACCAGUCAUUUCUGCUGCACGCCAUAUCCUUGGACCUUGUAUGUACACUACUGAACCACUGUCAGCAACACAGCAGGCAACGACUUAACGAACUCAUAGACUGUCGCUAAGAACUGGAUCUUCUACACACUAGCUACAAGAUAUCAGCUUUAUCUGAAUGUAAUCGUCACAAUCCAUAGGUCUCUCUGGCAUAUCAGUAACCUGUAUACGCGGUGUUCUGUAACCUUUGUCGCAUGUGCUCCCAGUGAUGACGUCAUGUAAGAUAAGCGUAUGAAUGUUCAACACCUACUGUUGUGCACGGAGAGUUGGCAGUGACAAGAACGGGCGAUAUUUACCGUAUAUACACCAGAGUGUACAAUACAUGCCUAUUCACUUCACCGUGCAAAUGAACAUUAAACAGUGGGCCAUGGCUCCACUGGCACGCCCUAAGGACCGCUUAGCCCAGUAGCAGUUCUAAUGCAACUCAGCAUAUAGCGAAAAUGUUUGUACGUAUUCAGCGUUAACUUUGAAAUAUGACGUAACAUUUUCUUUUACAAGUCAGCUUUCAUUUUAGCAGCAUGUACACGGGAAAUGUGAUAUUUGUCAUAGAUAUGCAAUAAAGUAUGCACAAUCCCUGCUCGGUUGGUGAGCAGAGUUUAAACAGCAGGGAAUUAUCAUCUAUAACGAGUUGAAAGAACGCGGGCUUAUACCCACGCUGACCCGCUUUCAUUUCGUAUGCGAACCGCUAGAGGACAGUCUACAUUGAGCAGAGACAUCUUUCGCCAUCCUAAACUGAGGUGAAGCACUGCUUUUUCAAGUAUCUAGUGCAAUGCGGCUUCGCUACGGAUCGCCGGGUCACUCCUGCUUUUUGUUGUGUGUUGGCUCUUUUGUAGAGGCAUAAUAGAAGAAAAGCUCGGAAUAGAAAAUAAACAAUUACAUAGUUGACAAGUACACGUAAGCCAACCAUGUCUUUGUGUAGCAUCUAAACCUCACAAGCCAUUUUGUAAAAUAAAUAAGGCAAAUAUUGAAGGCCAUUCUACCAUUACGGUCAA